UCGCUGAACAACAAUGCUAACGCAAUACAGAGAUUCAGUGUUGAAUUACGUGAUGAAAGAGAAGAUCAAACUACUACUCAAGCUCCACAGACCACUUCUAACCCUUUGCUCCUGCUUUUGCAACUUUAUUUUAGAAAUUUAUCUCAAGGGCCAACACCUGGUGCGGGCUUCCCAUCUCUACCGCAAUAUGGUUAUUAUCCAUCCUACAGUGGAUACGGAGCCUAUGGUGGUUAUCGGCCCUAUCCCUAUUACUAUUAUUAUUAUUAUGGAUAA